UAGAGAAAAGCUGUGUGACAGUGUUUGCUGGCAGCCGUCAAGAUGAACGACUCCCAUAUCUACGGUGGAAGUGAAUCAAGCUCAGAGUUCUGGCACAUAGAAAGACCCCUGGCCUGUGUGAUCCUUGGCUUGUCUUUCCUCAUUGGGGUCCCUGGAAACCUGUUGGUCAUUGUGAUCAUUCUGCGCCACAUCAAGGACAGAUCCCACACCGUGGUUCUGAUCCUGAACCUGGCUGUUUGUGACUUUGUGGUCCUCAUCACUCUGCCUAUUUGGAUCUACUCUCUGGCUGAUGCCUGGGUCUUUGGGGAGACGUUCUGCAAGGCAAUGGUGUAUGUAAUCUACUCCAGCAUGUACGGCAGCGUGUUCUUGAUCACGUUGAUGAGCGCAGAUCGCUUUGUAGCCAUCAUCUACCCUUUCGCCAUGCAGAAUUGGAAGAAGAAAGGUGUCUUUCUCAAGGCUUUGGCUGUCAUCUGGAUCCUGGCUUUCCUGUUUGGCAUUCCCACUAUUCUGACACAGAGGGUUGACGAUGUGGAUGGGAAGCUGCAGUGUACUGUCCGGGAGUACACUUCAGAGAUGCAGGAGGUUGUUUGCCUGGUACUGGAGACCUUGGUGGGUUUUGCCAUUCCCUUCUCUGUCUUGUCCAUUUGCUAUGCCUGCGUGGGGAGACGUAUAAAGCAAAUGACUUUCAAGACCAAACAGAAAUCGGCUUCACUGAUUGCCAGCGUGGUGAUCACCUUUGCCUUGUGUUGGUUCCCUCACCACAUAUUCAACCUGAUGACAGUGGUGUCUGUGCUGAUAAGAAAGUCAUAUCCAGAAGCAGCAGACAGGCUUGAUGAAGUGGCCCAGACUGGGGUCUUGGUCUCUGGAGCCUUAGCCUUCAUCAGCAGCUGCAUUAACCCCUUGCUGUACGCCUUCGCUGCACGCCGGUUCCGAAGCAGCCUGAGCGAGUCAGGAUUCAGAAAGCUCUUUCAUUACAUCACCACCUCCACCUCACCCGAGAAGACAAACGAAAUGUCAUUUAUAUCAAGAAAACAAAGUUCUCAAACCGACCACAGUGUUCAGAGCACUCUGACAGUUUAAAUAUGUGACUUGCUGUUAAAGGUACCCAUUUGUUCCCUAUUUCAUGUCCAUAACUAGGUAUUAUACUUAACUGGGUAACAUUGUAUGUAUUAGAGUACAUACAGUAAUGUCAUAUAUACCGUAAAUCCCUUUAUAUGCACAAAAUCAAAUAGUUGUAUUGUGCACUAUAGACAACAUAAUGCAAUUACCAGCUGUUCAAGUUAGCGGGUAAAUGGACAGCCCAAAAUUAGUGACAGUUUUAAAAAGUGCUGAGAGAAGGGGGUUCUAGGAGCAUACAUGGAAUUACAGACAGACACAGAAAGACUUGGAGUGUAGAAACCAGACCCAUCUCUAAGUGUAAAUGUAUAGACAGCACCUUUUUCAGAAUUGUCACAUGAUCUAUUAAUUCUGUAACAAGUUUAAAAAUGCUUUGCAUAGGGAAAUAUACAGAAUAUUUUUUUUUUCAUGGAAAUACACUUGCUCUAGUUUGUAGGUACAAUGCUUAAUUGACAAUCCUGCUUUUUUGUUCUGUGUAUAUGUGUGUCUUAUUAUUCUUAUUGGAUUUUUUUCAUGGAUUACUAAAGCCUGUACUACCAUGUAAAUAAGUUCCAGUCCUUUUGCAAAACAGUUGUCAUGUAUGUUUGUGGUAUUACCCCUGCAUUGUACUAAGAACUGUACUGCAUGUCUCAACUUCUUAGUCAUUACAAAGAAAGCUGUUGCUCAACUCUUCCUCUUUGUUUCAAAUUAUGCUGACAGCAUCUUUGUCUUCUUUGUAUUAAAAUGAGUGAACAAGUGACUCAAUAAAACACA